AUGGUGCAAUUUCUAGUCGAAGCUGUAACAAACAACAGGACCAAUGUUACGCGGCCUAUGAAUGUGAGGGAAACGGCUAAGAUAGGUGAAGGUGCUUUUGGAACAGUCCUGCGUGCUUAUUUGAAAGAUGUUGAGCAACCAGGACAAGAAAUUGAGUGGAUGGGACCAUUUGCAAUCAAAAAAGUUCCCGCCCAAACCGAAUAUAAAAGCCGAGAGUUGGCUAUUUUACGGAAGACCUGCCAUCCUAACGUCGUCACACUAGAGUUUUUCUUUACAUAUCCUAAUCCAGAAGACAGAAACAAAUUAUAUCAACAUCUUGUCAUGGAAUCAUUACCUUGUAACUUGCAGUCCGAGAUUUCAAAUUAUCGGCACUCAGGUAUGAUACUUCCGUUGAAACACAUUCAGGUUUAUUCGUUUCAACUUGCGCGUGCGCUGAACUAUCUUCACAGUUAUGGUAUUUGCCACAGGGAUAUCAAGCCAUCCAACAUUCUUAUAAAUCCAGACAGUUUAAUCCUUAAAAUAUGCGAUUUUGGUUCCGCCAAAAGACUUCUGCCUUCUGAGCCAUCCGUCGCUUACAUAUGCUCGAGAUUUUAUCGUGCUCCGGAACUGAUCGUGGGAUGCUCAGUUUACACAACUCAGAUAGAUGUUUGGGGUUUGGGGUGUGUUUUGGGCGAGAUGUUCAUUGGUCAGCCUGUGUUCCAAGGUCAUGACUCGAUGCUUCAACUCAGGGAGAUUUCAAAGCUCUUGGGACCGCCAGAGAAGUCGUUUAUAUAUGAAUCCAAUCCUUCUUAUAAUGGGCCAAUGUACAGCAGAAAACUUUUCACUGCUGGUUUGUCUUCCAGGUUUAAGCAUGUCUUUUCCCAUGCUACACCAGAGGGAGUUGAAUUAUUGAUGAAAGUGCUUGUCUACAGACCCCAAAAGAGAUAUAGAGCGAGAGAUGUGAUGGCACACCAGUUUUAUGAUUCGCUGAGAAGCCCUGACUUUACUGUUACUUCUAGAACCACAGCUACUAAGUUGAAGAUUGCCAACAUGCUUUUCAAUUUCAGUGACUAUGAAUUGAGUACACUUGGUCCAUUGACUGGCAAGCUUUUGCCUUCAAAAUGA